CUCCACCCACGUCUGAGAGAUGCGAUACAGCUUGUCAGAAAGCAGGAAGAGGCUCCUGCAAGAUAAGAGCGCUUUUCUUCACUGCAGCCUCCAGCAGUGAGUCGGAACGACUUGCUUGCCAGAGAAAUGCCCACCCUUUAAAAAGAAAAAAGGAAAAAUCCUGUUUGGGUAAAAGGGGGAAGCCUAGCAGCUGCGUUUAUGCCACACGAGCAGCGUGUUCCUUAAGAUGGAGUCUCCUGGAGUAGCUUUGAUGCUCUGGGCCCUCGCCUGCCUUUCUGGCCCUUCAACCGGCUUCCCAAAUGGCAAAGUAACAGAGGCGUGCAAGACUAUGAUGCCCCAACAUGGACACUCUCCUCAGCACUUCCCGAAGCACACCGUUGAAGUAAAUGUGACGGAGUUCAAGCCAGGGGACCGCGUGAAAGUUAGUUUGUCCGGACCUGUGUUUGAAGGAUUUUUUCUACAAGCCCGCAAUGCUGAGAACCUGGAGGGGCCUGCCAUUGGCUCCUUUGCCCUGGCUGACAGGAAAAGAUCUCAGGUCCUCACCUGUGGGCGUGUUAAGAAUUCAGCUGUCAGCCAUACAAGUAAAUCCAAGAAAAGCCAUCUAGAUGCUUAUUGGAUUGCUCCUAGAGAUGCACCAAAGAGAAUACAAUUUCUAGUCACUGUUGUAGAAAAAUUUAGAGUAUUUUGGGUAAAAAUUCCAGGUCCUACAAUCUCCCAGCCCAAUAUACCAACCUUGGCAACACCUGUGGUGACUGAGGUGACUGUUGGAACUUCUCUGCCUGUUUCUCAUCUAACCCAACCAUUCAGUGCAUCGGACUGUGGCAGCAACAAAUUCUGUGUGAGAAACCCUUCCGACUGUGAUCCUGGAGCCCGCGACUGCUUCUUUCUGUCUUUCAAACGAGACCAUGUCGAUUUGAUUGUGGUGGAAAUGAGUGGUCCUAGCGAUGGCUAUAUUGCAUUUGCACUGUCUCAUGACCAGUGGAUGGGUGGUGGUGACGAUGCCUAUCUCUGCAUUAGUGACAGUCACCAUGUUGACAUCAAGACAGCUUCUUUAACUGGACGUGCUUAUCCAGAGUUUGAUUCAGAGCCUGCUCUAGAUGAAAUGUCAUGGAGGCUGGCUGACGGCCUUAUUCAGUGCUCUUUCAGAAGGAGAAUUCACUUUCCUGCUCUUCAAGGGAGGUUUAAUCUUGAUGCAAAUUACUAUAUAUUUAUGGCAGAUGGGGAAGUCAGUGAAGGAGGUAUGAUCCACAAACACUACAGGCAGCCUCUGAUCACAGACGGAAAGUUUAACGUUACAGGACCGGCAAAGGAUAUUGGAGGAUCCCGCUCCCCACUUCUCAUCAAGAUCCAUGGUGCAUUAAUGUUCGUUGCAUGGAUGACCACCGUUAGCAUUGGUGUGAUCGUUGCCCGAUUCUUCAAGCCUGUCUGGCCUAAUUCAUUGCUGUUUGGAGAAGAGAUCUGGUUUCAGGUCCAUCGUGCCCUAAUGGUGAUGACAGUGCUGCUUACAGGUGCAUCUUUCAUUCUUCCAUUCUUAUACCGGGGAGGCUGGAGCGAUCAAGCAGGCUUCCAUCCAUAUCUUGGCUGUACGGUGAUGGCACUGGCAAUCUUUCAGCCCAUUAUGGCAGGCUUCAGACCUCCACCUCAAGCACCAAGAAGAGAAAUCUUCAACUGGUUACACUGGAGCACGGGCACAACUGCUAGAAUAUUAGCAGUGGUGGUAAUAUUCCUCGGAAUGGACUUGCCAGCUCUCAACCUUCCGGAUCCAUGGGAUACAUAUACGAUGAUGGGAUUUGUAGCUUGGCAUGUUGGCACUGAUGUUCUCCUAGAGAUACAUGGCUACUGCCUCAUUCACAAAGUUCAAGUGUUGGAAGAUGACAGGAUACAGAUUCUGCAGUCCAUUACAACGGCAGAGGCACAGGGGCACACAUUUAAAAAGACAGUGCUGUUCAUCUACAUUAGCGGCAAUGUGGCAUUUCUCAUCACCUUCCUGACAGCAAUUGUAAAAGUAUGACAAAGAGGAAGCCUUUAAUACUCCAAAGAGCUUGCAAUAGAACUGUUGAAGACGUGUCUUGCUGAAGUUCAUAGCAGAAGGACGAUCUGUAACGUAAACACUGCCAAUUCGGGAUUUAAGAAACCUCAUAUAAACCUGGUCCUCGUUAUACAGCCGAUGCAGGGCAGAAUUAGACUUUUCUUGGCAAAUACGUUGUCCCAACCUGGUCAGAACUGCCUUGGUCUCCAGCAUGACUAAACGCCUCCCUUCAACAUUUGUCUAUCUGGAUCCUGUAGAUUCAUUGGUCACUUCAAGGCUCAAGGGAGAGCUUCCAUUUGAGAAGUUGGCCUUUCUUGUUCCAGGGUUGCCAUUGAUUUGAACUGGACUGCCUACCAUUGCACUUGAUCAGCUGUCCGUCCGUCCAUCUAAUAGGUCAAUGUGUUCAUGUUAUUCCUAGCUAGUCUCCACCUGCAACCACCACCAUUAUGCCAUAGGAGCUCCAUAUGCUCAUGGUCUAUCUAUAGGCUAGCUAGAGGAUGGUUAAAGGUCUACACAUCCCUCUCCCCAGCCUGCUUCUAACCUGAGGAUGGAUGCAGAUAGUCAUUGUCUCAGUGUGAUGAAGAAUAAUGGUCUACCACUAAAGGCUGGAUUACAGACUGUAAGACAUUAGUUUUUAAGGAUGCCUCAUCCAUAGGGAUUUCAGCAGUUAUAUUUGGAAACAAUUUUGUGAGUCGAGAGGGAACGAGAAUGAAAGCCAGUUAGGGGCCAGAUAUCGUUUGGAACAACUUAUUUCAGGCAUCGGAGAUCCCAAGGACUGUGUUUGACACAAAGGUCUUGGAUUUGUAGCUCUGUUGGAAGACUAUAUGGUGUUAAGGGUGGGGGGGGAAACAGCUCUGGUGGAGAUCUAACUGCCCUUUCUCCUUUGAAGCAACCAGUGUUCUUGUAGAUUACAUCUCUCUCCUCACUCUGAGUUUCUUUAACAGGUAACUAGUAGCUGUACCAGAAAGCUCUCUAGAACUAGUGUCAACAUUUGUUUAAAGAAUGAUUGGCACACACAUAUAUAUAAAUGUGUGUGUGUGUAUGAAAAAAACUGUCAACCUGCAGUCUCUAGGUGAAAUCCAUUGGAUGUCACUGCAAACAGCUGCAGAGGCAGGUGGGUGAUUUUUUGACAAUGCAUCACAUUCCUACUCUAGAUGGUGUGGGUCCCUCAAGAAUAGCAUGGAAGAUGCUGCCGGUGGGAGGUAGAGGUGCAGGAUGAGCAAAAAGAAUCUGUCCUCAUCCAUUUGCAAAGGCUACUGCUAGAUGAAAAGCUCUUCCCACGGGCAAAAGGAUGCAAUUGGAUUCCACCCAUUGUGGUUCAUGUUGCCUUCCACACUGGAUUGAAAUAACUGGAUUUCUUACUCCCUGUCCUCUUGACCCUUUCCUUGCUUUCCCUACCUGCUACACCCUGCACAAAUCAAGUGUGAGACCAUCUGCACUGAUUUUAUACUUGUGCAUUACAUUCCAGUGCUUCAUUUUUUUAUCUUAUUAUGAAAGUGUGAAUUGCAUAAAUUAAAAGAGUUGCUUUGUGUACUCUG